UGUGUGAGCUCGCUACAGUCGCUUAAUAGUCUUUUUUUUAAUUAUAUACAUCUCGUAUUUAUCUUUAUAUUAUUUUGUUAAGAGACCCCAUUACAUUCUUAAUAUUUAGGAAAAAUGGCUGACACAAAAGUCGAUACCAGCUCGGAAGUCUCCGCCAAGGACCUUAAAGAAAAGAAACAGGUUGAAGAGGCAGAAAAUGGAAAGGAUGUCCCUGCAAAUGGAAAGGCUGAAAAUGAGGAGAAUGGUGAUCCAGAAAAUGAAGUAGAUGAAGAAGACGAUGAUGUGGCUGAAGAAGAGGAUGAGGAAGAUGAUGUAGAAGGUGAUGAUGAUGAUGAAGAUGAUGAGGCUGAGGGUGGCACAGGAAAAAGAGCAGCUGAGGAUGACGAAGAUGAGGAGGAUGUUGAACCUAAGAAGCAAAAGACUGUGUAAGAAGCUUCUCUGCUGGAAAUCUUCUCAUCCCUCCUUUCCUGAACUUGUCCACUGGGGGAGGCAAAAACAACAUGGUCAUCAUCAAGUAGAGUCCAGCAUCCGUGUACACACACCAAACUGCAGAUUUUGUAGAAACAACCAAGACUUCAAAGUUCUACCUUCUUACAAAAUACUUUAAAAGGAAAAAUUUGUUUGUAUUUUUAUUUACAUUUUAUAUUUUUGUACAUAUUGUUAGGAGGUCAGCCAUUUUUGACAGUGAUCUCUGGUUACCAAACGGUGCUUUGAAGUUGAUGCUUCUCUAUGAAAUAGAUUUUACUUGUGGUUUGACCAUGUCAUGUUAUCUCAAAUGAAACUUGUAAAAGUACAAAGCAAAAAAAAGAAACGAAAAAUUACAGAAAAAAAAACAUUAAUUCAAAGCAUUCCAGUAACUUUGUGUAUGUACAUCAGUUGUAUCAUACGUAGUUGGACUGUAUGAGAGGGCAAGGCCAAAGGAAAAGAUUUUUCUUCUUUUCUUUCUUGUCCAUUUAAUUGCUAUCUCUUUGUGGCCUGUUUGAUGUAUGUGUGAAAUUUGUUGUGCGACAAUAAACCGAAAUAAUUUUUUUGUUUUGUUUUAUUUACUUCUUUUUUUUAAAUUCGUUUCAUGACUUUUCAUGAUUUUUUUUAUGUUGGAGCUGUAUAGGCAAGAAUAAUUGAACCAGCAUUAUCUUCAGAUGUGGUUCAUGUUUUUCAUCAGCCUGUCAAAAGUAAAUGUACAUCAAUGUAUUUUAUUCAGGCCUUCAAGACUCCAAUGGUAUAAAUUAUAUUAUGUUAAAUAAAAUUGACUGUGUGAAUUCU